ACCAUAAUCUCUAUCUCUGAAAGCAAGAAGCCACUCAAUUCAAGAACCUCACUAUUAGCUAAAAUGGUGGCUAUUGCUGGUCUUAAUCUCUCCUCCCCAGGAAUCUUAGCCAAGUUCUCAGACUCCCCAAAGGCGGCGCAAACCACCAAGUUCACUACGUGUCUAAACAGACCAUGGAAGAGAGCCGGCGGCGCCGCCGCAGCUAAUUUCAGGUCGGGGAGGAUGAGCGUGGUGAGGCCGGUGGGCGCGGCGCCGGACAGCUUGUCGGAGAAGGUGGCAGACAGCGUGAAGAAUGCAGAGGAAACCUGCGCCGGCGACCCCACGAGCGGAGAGUGCGUGGCGGCGUGGGACGAGGUGGAGGAGCUGAGCGCGGCGGCGAGCCAUGCAAGGGACAAGAAGAAAGAUUCGGAUCCUUUGGAGGAGUUCUGCAAGGAUAACCCUGAGAGCGAGGAGUGUCGCACUUAUGAUAAUUAAUUUUAUUUUUAUUUUUAUUUACGGCAUGUAAUCUUAAUUAUAUAAUAUAUAUCCAACAAAUUAGCUUGCAUGCAUGUUUUGGAACUCUGCUCACACACCUCUCUAUCUGUUGUUAAAUCAUUAAUUUAUUAGACUUCAAUAUGCUCUCAUGUGUGUAUAAUCAAAAUUUAAUUACCAUUUGCUAGGCACUUCUCUUCA